UCAUCAUUUCUUCCUCUCCAGUCUCGUAAAUAUUUCUGAUUUCUUCCUUCCUGUUUCCCUCACCGGCGACGAGAGCUCUCUGCUUUCCAACAGCAUUUACAUUUCUCUAAUGCACUGAUCGCUUGCUUUCCGCGUCGGAGUCAUGGCCGACCAGGAGAUCGCCAAACUCAUCGAUGCUCUUUCAUCAUUAUCGUCCUCGUUCAGCGAUGAUAAUUUCUCUAAGAGACUUGGCACCGAUUCCUCGCUCAAGUUAGGGCUCCAGAAACUUUACUCAAUUCUCAAGUACUCUGUUUCUCCGAUCGCCGCCGUCGCUGACGGUCGUGAUAAGAAGCGAGGACUUGAAUUUUUGGAGCAGUCUCAAAUCCAAGCUGUUGCUUCUUUGGCAACCGCAGUAGUCAUCGCCACUCGAUCCCUCUCAGUGGAGCAUGUGGAACCGGUAAUUGUGGCUGUGGUGCAGAAGUCGGUGGAAUUUGCUUUGUGUUUCUUGGACAAAUCAGUUUCUGGCAAUGAAGAUUUGAGUCUUCAGAAUAAUUUUCUCCAGCUGUUAGAAAUAGCACUUAAUGAUCGAGUGGAUAAAGAAUUGGAUCUGCCACAGCCAUACGCAUCAAGUAUACUUGUUGACUUGAUUCCAUUUGUAGCUGUUGAAGAUGAUAGCAUUCAAGUGCAGGACUACGUCAAGUGCAUGCUUCAAGGGGGAAGGUGCUCAGUUGAAGAAAAAGCUGUUGACCAUCUUCUAAUGACAUUGGCAUCUGAAGAGUUGCAAUCUGAUGAUUUGAAUCAAUUGUCUAUUGGACUGUCAUUUCGGCGUGAUUUCAUGAAGUUAAAUGCUCUAUCUCGUCAUCAAGCACUGGUUCAUUUGGAAUGCAUGCCACGUCUUGUUUUCCUUUGCAGAGGACUUUUGGGACUUCAGGAUCUGUUGGAUGAGAAGAUAGCCAGUGCAGAUCUGCGAAAGAGAAUGUCUUUUUGUGCCAGAAUAUUCAAGUUACUAGGAUAUCUUGCAAAAGGCAAUCCAUAUGUUAAAGUUGAUGCAGCGUUAUUGCAAUCUUUUGCUUCUUUUGCUGACAUUUUACCUAAAGCGUUUGGAAUUGGCCUUGAGUUUGUGAACAAUGCUACUGGUGAAGGUAGCUUUGACAGUUUGACAAUAUUGUUAAUGGAAGAGUUUCUUCAACUUGUACAGGCAGUAUUCCACAGUAGUAAUGUACUUCAGAACGUUCAAGCAUGCAUUACAGCAUCAAUCUUGGACCACUUGGAUUCAAGUGUGUGGCAGUAUAACAAGUCUACUAGUAACCUUAAGCCUCCUCUGGUGUACUUCCCACGGGUGGUGAUUCAUGUGAUCAAACUGAUAAUGGUUGUGAGGAAGUCUUCGUAUUCUGUAUUUCAGCUUAAGGACAAUGGUACAAAACAUGAUGGGCAUCCUGAUGGUUUUGACAUGAAUUCUCCAGCAUGCCAAGUUCGUAGUGAGAAGAUCUAUCUAUUGAAGAAAUACACAGCUGAGGAGCUGUUGACUAGAAUUUUUCCACCUUCAGGUCAGUGGGUGGAUAAUCUGGUUAACCUUGUUUUCUUUCUUCAUUCUGAGGGUGUCAAAUUAAGGCCCAAAUUGGAGCGGUCGUGUUCCACUUCUAUAAAAGCAUCAAAUGAACCAGAAAAUGCUGCGUGUCAUGAAGAUGAUGCUCUAUUUGGGGACCUUUUCUCAGAAAGCGGUCGCUCUGUGGGAUCUGUGGAUGGUCUAGAUCAAACCGCACCUGCAGCCAGUUCGCUUUCCAACUUCAGCAAUAUGCCAAUUCAAGCUGCUAUGGAGCUGCUCAGCUUUUUGAAAAAUGAUGUUUUGUCACCUAACUGGAGUCCAGGAGUGUAUGAGGAUGGUUGCAGAAAGCUUACUUGUGAGCAUAUGGGUAUUCUGCUGUCGAUAAUGAAUCAUCAGGGCUAUUCUUCUGAAGAGAGGACACUUGGUUCAUGUGUUACACUGGAUGAACAGAAGAAGCUUGAGCAGAUGCCUGAGCUUUGCUUUGAACUGUUUAACAGCUUACUUUCUCAGCAUUCUUUGUCUGCCGUCGUUGAGGAGUCACUUAUUGAGAAAAUACUGGCCAUUGAGAAUGGUAGUUUUGUCUAUAAUGAUCAGACCCUUGCCUUGCUUGCACAUGCCCUCAUCUCACAGGUGGAUUCUGUUGGUUGUCACCUAAGGGCCAAGAUAUAUCAGACAUUUAUCAAUUUUGUUCUUGAGAAGGCAAAAACAAUCUGUUCUAGCUGCCCUAGUCUUCAAGAAUUUCUCAAGACCCUUCCAUCCGUGUUUCACAUUGAGAUCCUUCUAAUGGGAUUUCAUUUAUCUUCCACUGAUGAGAAGGCUGCUCAAGUGAAUGCCAUUUUCUCUUCACUGAGAACUGUUGAUGCUCCAUCUUCUGGUUGUGGCAGCGCGACACUAUCAUGCUGGGCUCUAUUGGUUUCGCGGUUGGUUUUAGUGCUUCGCCACAUGUUGUAUUGUCCUCAUGGUUGUCCGUCGUCAUUGCUUUCAGUCUUCAGAUCAAAGCUGACGGAGGCCUCUCACAGAAGAGCCAAUUCUUUAAGUAAUACAAAUAAUUUAUCAUCUUGGACACCUAUGAUAUUGGAGAAUGUGACUGGUGUGUGGAUCAAAGAAGCACCUGUGAACAAGAUUUUGCUAAAUCAAUUGAUUGAUAUUGCAACUCUCCCUGCUUCUGUAUUUGGGGAUGAUGCACCACCAGUUGACUGCUUAAAUAUGACAUGGGAUGAGUUAUCUGCCUCUCUGUCUUGGAUUUUGGGGUUUUGGAAAGGCAAAAAACCUGGAAAUGCUGAAGACCUAAUUGUUGAAAGAUACAUGUUUUUGCUUUGUUGGGAUGUUCCAAUAAUGGAAUCCACAUCAGAGCGCGUACUUUUGUUGAGGGGUUUAGAGCUUCCUCAUGUCUUGGAGAUAGAGCAUUUUCUUUACUUUAGCCAUUCAAUUUUAAGCAAUGCUGGUGCUCUCAGCAAGCAAGUCAAUAUUCCACUUGUGGUGAUGGGGUUGCUCCAGCAUUUGCAUACGUUGUGCAUAUCAGAUGAUUGUGGGGAAGGAGGCUGGGAUUUUUUACUGACAGGAUCAUGGCUCACUCUCAUGUCAUCCUUAGUUGGUGCUGGUAUUUGGCGAUACUCAAAGAAGAACUCCAUCACUUCAGGCGGUCCGAGCUGGGAAGAACUUACAUCUAAGGAUGUUGAAUUUCUUGCUUUAGCGGAGAGCUUCUUGUCUAGUUCUUUGGGUGAUGAUCAAAUAGCUACGCUAGUGAGAUUGUUCUCAUCAUUCCUGAAGAACUAUUUGAGAGCUUAUCAGAAGGCUUUCAGUUUGACCUUUGAUAAUGACUCCUCCUCUGCAGAUAGGUUUUCACCCCUAUUGCUCCUCAAACAUACUAGUUUUGAUAAAUCCAAACAAGUUGAGGUCCUUGAUAAAAUGGGUCAUGAUCCAUGCCAACUGGAUAGUGUUUUUGAACUUCUGCCCAAGUUGGGUGAAACCGUUGACAAGAUGGCUGUAGGAUAUCGAUCUAAGGUCUUCUGGGAAGUUUCAUUGCAUGGGUUCCCAUGUCAUGCUCAGGCGUCUAGUGGAAUUCUUCUUUCUUGCAUUCUUAGCAUAAAAGGAAUUAUUGGUGUCCUAGAUGGGCUUCUGAAGGUCAAAGUUGCUAAAGGAACUGUUUUCACAGAGGUGGAGGUACUCCGUCAAAUUCUUGAAUCUGUGCUAACAAUCAAGUGUGACAGAGUCUUUGAAAGUAUUCAUGGAGAAUGUGAAGCUAUAUACAAAAGCUUGAGUGGUAAUCUGGGGCCUGAAUAUAGCAGCUUAUUUAUAUUGAAGAACAUGGAAGAGUUUCUGCAUAAUAUCAAUAAUGUAGGAGUCGAUUGCACCAUCCAUGAGUGCUUGGUUACCAAUUUUAUUGACAUUAUUAAUGGUCUCAGGAAGGACCCUUCAAAAGGCCUGAUAUUCAAGUAUUUCCUCUCUGUUGGAGACAUUUCUGAACACUUUCGGGAGUUGUACAGUGCACUACAUGGUGAUGUGUUAGUUCUUAUAGAAUCACUGGAUAAUUGCAAUUCUGAAUCAAUUAAUGUAAAAGUUUUAAACUUUUUUGUGGAUCUUUUAUCUGGAGAUAUGUGCCCUGAUGUCAAACAGAAACUGCAGCAGAAAUUUCUGGACAUAGACUUGCAAUGCCUGUCAAAAUGGCUUGAACAGAGGCUUCUAGGAUCUUGUUUGGAACCAUCCAGUGAGGUUACCUGUGCAAAAGGAACUUCAGUCUCCUUGAGAGAGUCAACCAUAAAUUUCAUUACAUGCAUUUUAUCCCCACCAUUUGAGUCGAAGUCUGAAGAACUGCACACGCAUUUAUUUGAAGCCAUGCUGGUUCCCCUUGAUAAUGCUUUCCUUCUAUUUGACUUUGGCAUAGCAAAGUCUUAUUUUAAUAUUAUGCUUCAACUUUCCAGAGGAAAGAUGUUAAUCAAGCCACUUUUGCAGCAUACCGCUAUGUUAUUGGGGAAACUGGGUGGUGAUGAACGUUUUCUUCAAGGAUUAAAGUACAUAUUUGGAUUUCUCGCAACUGUUUUAAGUGAAUGCGGGUCUGUCAAGAACUCAAACGAUAAAUCUUCUGGAAAAGUUCUACCUGGAGGCAGUUCUGUAGUGGGACCUGUAUCUCCUAGACCUCUUGGUUCUAGGAAAAAUUCAGAUGCUUUGGUCCUUUCUGUCAGUCAAGGAGCUGCGGCAGCUGUUGACUGUGAUGCUACUUCGGUUGAUGAGGAUGAGGAUGAUGGAACGUCUGAUGGGGAGGUGGGUAGUGUAGACAAAGAUGAUGAGGAGGAUAGCAACAGUGAAAGGGCACUUGCAUCUAAAGUUUGCACAUUUACAUCCAGUGGUAGUAAUUUCAUGGAACAGCACUGGUAUUUCUGUUACACGUGUGAUCUGACAGUCUCCAAAGGUUGCUGCUCCGUGUGUGCAAAAGUUUGUCACCGCGGUCACCGUGUGGUCUAUUCUCGCUCUAGUCGGUUUUUCUGUGACUGUGGGGCAGGGGGUGUCCGUGGGAGCAGCUGUUUAUGCUUAAAGCCCCGAAAAUUCACCAGAGGUCAUGAUUCACCCCGUCAUGGUGCGGAUGGUAACCUUCAAUCAUUUCUUCCUUUCCCUGAGAAUGGGGAUCAGCUACCUGAGAGUGAUUCAGAUGUUGAUGAAGAUGCUGUAGUGGAACAGGAUUACGCUGUUAAAUUGUCUAUUCCAAAAGAAGUUCAAGAUGGGAUGCCAGAAUUUCUUGCGGAGCUUGAUCUUGAAGACCAUGUUCUAGAACUUUGUUCAUCAUUGUUGCCUUCCAUAAUAGGCAGGAGGGACUCAAACCUCUCAAGAGAGAGAAGGAUUACCCUGGAUGAGGAUAAAGUGCUUUGUUGUAGUGCUGAAAUAUUGCAGUUGAAGAAGGCGUACAAGAGUGGAUCUUUGGACUUGAAGAUAAAGGCAGAUUACUCAAAUUCCAAGGAAUUGAAAUCCCAUUUAUCUAGUGGUUCUCUUGUCAAAUCCUUACUCAGUGUUAGUAGUCGAGGACGACUUGCAGUGGGAGAAGGUGAUAAAGUAGCCAUAUUUGAUGUUGGGCAGCUGAUUGGACAAGCCACUGUUGCACCUGUGACGGCUGACAAGGCUAAUGUGAAGCCUCUUUCCAAGAAUGUUGUUCGCUUUGAGAUUGUGCAUAUUGUGUUUAAUUCAGUGGUAGACAAUUAUCUUGCUGUAGCAGGCUAUGAAGAUUGUCAAGUACUUACAGUAAAUCAUCGGGGGGAGGUGACUGAUCGCUUAGCCAUUGAACUUGCUCUGCAAGGUGCAUAUAUCAGGCGUGUAGACUGGGUACCAGGCUCUCAGGUUCAGCUAAUGGUGAUCACUAACAAAUUUGUGAAAAUAUUUGACUUGUCUCAGGACAAUAUUAGCCCCAUGCACUAUGUUACAUUGUCUGAUGACAUGAUUGUGGAUGCAACUCUUGUUAUGUCUUCUUUGGGACGAGUGUUCCUCAUUGUCCUUUCAGAAAGUGGUUACUUGUACAGGUUAGAGUUGUCAAUGAAAGGAAAUGUGGGGGUCAAAGUUUUGAAGGAAAUCAUUCAAACUGAAGGCAGAGAAAUUCAUUCCAAAGGCUUGUCUUUGUGCUAUUCAUCAUCUCAUAAGCUACUUUUUAUGUCUUAUCAAGAUGGAAGUACCUUGAUUGGUCGCCUGAAUCCAGAUGCAACAUCUGUAAUUGAAGUCUGUGCCUUACUUGACAGUGAACCAGAUGGUAAGCUCCGAGCAGCUGGAUUGCAUCAUUGGAAAGAGUUACAAUGUGGCAUUGGUCUGUUCUUCUGCUUUUCAAGUUUGAAAUCAAAUGCUGCUUUUACUGUCUCAAUUUGUGAACAUGAAAUACAUGCUCAAAAUAUGCGGCAUGCGGUAGGUUCAACCUCUGCGUUGGUAGGGAUUACUGCUUACAAGCCCCUAUCAAAGGACAAGAUACACUGUCUUGUUUUACAUGAUGAUGGAAGCCUUCAGAUUUAUUGGCAUGUUCCUAUGGGGGUUGACAAUAGUGCAACUGCUACAUCUGAGAAGGUUAAAAAACUUGGUUCUGGCAUCCUUAACAAUAAAGCUUAUGGUGGUGUUAAACCAGAGUUCCCACUUGAUUUUUUUGAGAAAACAGUGGUGAUAACACCAGAGGUAAAGUUAAGUGGUGAUGCAAUCAGGAAUGGUGACUCUGAAGGAGCUAAACAAACAUUGGCAUCUGAAGAUGGAUUCUUGGAGGGUCCUAGUCCUUCUGCUUUUAAGAUUACUGUUGCUAAUUCGAACCCUGAUACUGUCGUGGUUGGGAUCCGUGUGCAUGUCGGUAAUACAUCAGCAAAUCAUAUUCCCUCUGAGAUUACUAUCUUUCAGAGAGUGAUAAAAUUAGAUGAAGGAAUGAGGUCUUGGUAUGAUAUACCAUUCACAGUGGCUGAAUCGCUUCUUGCUGAUGAAGAAUUUUCAAUCUCCAUUGGACCAACCUUCAAUGGAUCUGCUCUCCCACGGAUAGAUUCAUUGGAGGUUUAUGGUCGAGCUAAGGAUGAAUUUGGUUGGAAGGAGAAGAUGGAUGCAAUUUUAGACAUGGAAGCACGUGUGCUUGGCUCAAAUUCAUGGAUUUCAGAAUCCAGGAGGAAAUGCCGCACUACGCAAUCUGCUCCUCUUCCGGAGCAGGUAGUGUCUGACGGCCUCAAACUUCUGUCAAGGAUCUAUUCUUGCAAGUCACAGGAUAGUUUGAAAGUUCAAGAGGCUAAUUUGGAGCUGAAUAAAGUGAAGUGCAAGAAGCUGUUGGAAACAAUAUUUGAAAGUGAUCGAGAGCCUUUACUACUGGCUUCUGCUGGGCGGGUCUUGCAGGCUUUGUUCCCCAAAAAAGAGGAGUAUCACCAAGUUAAGGACACAAUGCGGCUCUCUGGAGUAGUGAAAUCCACUUCCAUCCUUUCUUCGAAACUGGGGAUAGGUGGGAAUACAGCAGGGUGGAUUAUUGAGGAGUUUACAGCACAGAUGCGAGCAGUUUCUAAGAUUGCACUACAUCGUCGUUCAAACUUGGCUGCAUUCCUGGAGGCAAAUGGCUCUGAAGUUGUUGAUGGGCUCAUGCAAGUGCUCUGGGGGAUUUUGGACAUGGAGCAUCCUGACACACAGACUAUGAAUAAUAUUGUUGUAUCUUCAGUAGAACUAAUAUAUUGUUAUGCUGAGUGUCUGGCACUGCAUGCAAAUGAUACUGGCACACAUCAUGUUGCUCCUGCUGUUUCAUUGUUUAAGGAACUCCUAUUCUCAAAAAAUGAGGCUGUUCAAACAUCAAGCAGCCUGGCUAUAUCUUCAAGACUGCUCCAGGUUCCUUUUCCAAAGCAAACCAUGUUAGGUACAGAAGAUGUGUCUGAUAAUGCAGCAGCUGUUCCUGCUCGAGUUGAUGGUACAAGUGCAGCAACAGGAAAUACUCACAUUAUGGUUGAAGAAGACAACAUUACGUCAUCCGUCCAGUACUGUUGUGAUGGCUGCUCUACUGUUCCUAUACUGCGGCGACGAUGGCACUGCACUGUUUGCCCUGACUUCGAUUUAUGUGAAGCAUGCUAUGAAGUGUUAGAUGCAGACCGGCUUCCACCACCUCAUUCAAGAGAUCAUCCUAUGACAGCAAUUCCAAUCGAAGUGGAAUCAUUGAGUGGAGAGGGCAAUGAAAUUCACUUUGGUACUGAUGAUUUGGCUGAUCCAAAUCUUUUACCAGUUUCAGCUGAUAUGAGUAUCCAGAGUGCUGCUCGAUCUAUCCAUGAGCUUGAACCCAGUGAAUCCACGGUGUUUACAGGUUCUGUAUUUGAUCCUGUUACCAUUUCCGCUUCGAAGAGGAUUGUGAACUCCUUAGUUCUUUCUGAGCUCCUUGAACAACUGAAGGGAUGGAUGGCAACUACCUCUGGAGUUCAGGCCAUUCCAAUCAUGCAACUCUUUUAUAGAUUAUCUUCAGCUAUGGGUGGACCUUUUGAUGAUGGCUCAGAGCCUGAAAAUGUAGAUUUGGAGAAGUUAGUUAAAUGGUUUUUGGAUGAGAUAAAUUUGAACCAACCUUUGGUGGCUAGAAGCCGUUCCUCAUUUGGUGAAGUUGUGAUCCUUGUCUUUAUGUUCUUUACGCUUAUGCUUCGAAAUUGGAAUCAACCUGGAAGUGAUGGUUCUGCACUGAAAUUGAGCAGUACAGGAGAUGGACAUGACAAAAACUCUGUCCAGAUUCCACCUUUCUCUUUGGUCUCUGGUUCACCUACUGUUGAAAGCCAUGAGAAAUUGGACUCUGUUUCGCAUCUAGUUCGAGCUUGUGGCUUACUUAGACAGCAAAGUUUUGUAAACUAUCUGAUGGAUAUUUUGCAGCAGCUGGUCCAUGUCUUCAAAUCCUCAUCUGUUAGUACAGACAGUUCUGUAGGGUUGAACUCUGGCUGUGGUUCUCUCUUAACCAUCCGAAGAGAACUACCUGCGGGUAAUUUCUCACCGUUCUUUUCAGAUGCAUAUGCCAAAUCACAUCGUACAGAUAUAUUUGCAGACUACCCAAGGCUAUUGCUGGAGAAUACGUUCCGGCUUGUUUACAGUCUGAUUCGACCAGAAAAGCACGACAAGGGUGGAGAGAAAGACAAAUAUUUCAAGACAUCUUCUUGUAAGGAUUUGAAGCUUGAAGGCUAUCAGGAUAUUUUGUGUAGUUACAUCAAUAAUCCACAUACAACAUUUGUCAGAAGAUAUGCAAGAAGGCUUUUUCUGCACCUAUGUGGUAGUAAAACACAUUACUACAGUGUCCGGGAUUCUUGGCAAGUUUCGAGUGAAGUGAAGAAGCUAUACAAACAUGUAAAUAAAUCCGGUGGCUUUCAAAGUCCUAUCUCAUAUGAGAGAAGCGUCAAGAUAGUGAAAUGUCUGUCGACCAUGGCUGAAGUAGCUGCAGCACGCCCUCGUAACUGGCAGAAGUACUGUAUGAGACAUGCUGAUGUUUUACCCUACCUUGUGCAGGGAAUUUUCUACUUUGGUGAAGAGUGUGUUGUCCAGACUUUGAAGCUAUUGAGUUUGGCCUUUUAUACAGGAAAGGACGUUAACCAGUCUUUGCACAAAUCUGAAGGUGGGGAAGGAGGAACAAGCUCAAGUAAGUCUGGGUCACAACCCCUUGAUUCUAAAAAGAAGAAGAAAGGAGAAGAGGGAAAUGAACCUGGUUUGGAGAAGUCAUAUUUGGAUAUGGAACCAGUGGUGGAUGUCUUCACUGAGAAUGAUGGUGACACCUUGAGACAAUUUAUUGAUUUGUUUCUACUGGAGUGGAAUUCAAGUUCUGUACGUGUUGAAGCAAAGUGUGUUCUUAAUGGGAUUUGGCAUCAUGGAAAUCAUCCUUUCAAGGAAAAAUUCCUAACACUCCUCCUGCAGAAAGUCAAAUUUCUGCCGAUGUAUGGGCAGAACAUCAUUGAAUACACACAGCUGGUUACCUCAUUGCUAGGAAGGACUCCAGAUAGCAAUUCAAAGCAACAGAUGAAUGAAAUUAUAGACAGAUGCUUGACUCCUGAAGUGAUAAAGUGCAUGUUUGAGACACUUCGUUCACAGAAUGAGCUGUUGGCUAAUCACCCGAAUUCUCGAAUAUACAACACAUUAAGUGGUUUGGUGGAAUUUGAUGGAUACUAUCUGGAAAGUGAGCCUUGUGUAGCCUGCAGCUCUCCUGAGGUGCCCUACAGCAGGAUGAAGCUAGAAAGUUUGAAGUCAGAAACAAAGUUCACAGACAAUCGCAUUAUUGUGAAAUGUACUGGCAGCUACACCAUUCAGAGUGUUACCAUGAAUGUCCAUGAUGCUCGCAAGUCCAAAUCAGUUAAAGUCCUGAACCUUUACUACAACAACAGGCCUGUGGCUGAUUUAUCAGAGUUAAAGAAUAAUUGGUCAUUGUGGAAGCGUGCAAAAACCUGUCAUCUUGGUUUUAAUCAGACAGAGCUAAAAGUUGAUUUCCCUAUACCAAUUACUGCUUGCAAUUUCAUGAUUGAGUUGGAUUCUUUUUAUGAAAAUCUUCAAGCUUUAUCUCUUGAGCCAUUGCAGUGUCCACGUUGUAGUCGACCUGUGACAGACAAGCACGGUAUUUGCAGUAACUGUCAUGAGAAUGCUUACCAGUGUAGGCAAUGCCGAAAUAUUAAUUAUGAGAAUCUUGAUUCCUUUUUAUGCAAUGAGUGUGGUUACAGCAAAUAUGGUCGUUUUGAAUUCAAUUUCAUGGCGAAGCCAAGUUUUACAUUUGAUAACAUGGAAAAUGAUGAAGACAUGAAGCGGGGAUUGACAGCAAUAGAAUCUGAAUCAGAAAAUGCUCACCGGAGAUAUCAGCAGCUUUUAGGAUUCAAGAAACCAUUGCUGAAGAUUGUUUCAAGUAUUGGUGAGAAUGAAAUGGAUUCUCAACAAAAGGAUUCUGUUCAGCAGAUGAUGGCGUCUUUGUCUGGGCCUUCAUACAAGAUAAACCGGAAAAUUGCCCUUCUUGGUGUCCUUUAUGGCGAGAAAUGUAAAGCAGCUUUUGAUUCUGUGAGCAAAAGUGUUCAGACCCUUCAAGGUCUUAGACGGGUCUUAAUGAAUUACUUGCAUCUAAAACAUUCAGAUGAUGCAGUGUCUGCCUCCAGAUUUGUUGUGUCAAGGUCAGCUAAUAGUUGCUAUGGUUGUGCUACCACUUUUGUUGCACAAUGCCUUGAGAUGUUGCAGGUGCUUUCAAAACAUUCAAACUCCAAGAAACAGCUUGUUACUGCUGGCAUCUUGACUGAAUUAUUUGAAAAUAAUAUCCAUCAAGGCCCAAAAACUGCUCGUGUCCAGGCCAGGGCAGCACUCUGUGCCUUCUCUGAGGGUGACAUGAAUGCAGUGGUUGAACUGAAUAGUUUAAUUCAGAAGAAGGUUUUAUACUGCCUUGAGCAUCACCGUUCAAUGGAUAUUGCCCUUGCAACCCGCGAGGAGUUGCUGUUGCUCUCAGAUGUAUGCUCUUUGGGUGAUGAAUUCUGGGAAUUGAGACUAAGGGUCGCGUUUCAGUUGUUAUUUUCUUCCAUUAAGUUGGGUGCUAAACAUCCUGCUAUAUCGGAGCAUGUUAUUCUUCCCUGUCUGAGGAUUAUAUCUCUGGCAUGUACUCCACCAAAACCUGAUGCAGCAGAAAAGGAACAAGUGAAUGGGAAACCUGCCUUAGCUUCACAAGUAAAGGAUGAGAAUCGCUCUAAUGUGCCUGGAUAUGGUGGACAGGUAAGUGGAAGCAAGGCUGUUUCUGAGUCAUCUGAGAAGAACUGGGAUGGUGCUCAAAAAACUCAAGAUAUUCAAUUGUUGAGUUAUUCAGAGUGGGAGAAAGGGGCAUCAUAUCUUGAUUUUGUGAGGAGGCAAUACAAAGUGUCUCAGGCAGUCAAAAGUGGUCCAAGGGCUCGACCUAAUAGAUAUGAUUACCUGGCUCUGAAAUAUGCACUGAGAUGGAAGCGACGUGCAUGCAAGGCUCGAGGUGGGAUAGCAUCAUUUGAGCUGGGAUCUUGGGUUACGGAACUUAUAUUAAGUGCUUGUUCGCAGUCGAUACGCUCUGAGAUGUGCAUGUUGAUCAGUUUGCUUUGUGGCCAAAGUUCAUCAAGACAUUAUCGGUUACUAAUUUUACUGAUGUCUUUGUUACCAGCAACUUUGGCUGCUGGUGAGAAUGCUGCCGAGUAUUUUGAAUUGCUUUUUAAAAUGAUAGAUUCUGAGGAUGCCCGACUUUUCUUAACUGUACGUGGAGGUUUAGCUACACUGUGUAAGCUGAUUUCCAAAGAAGUGAGUAACAUUGAAUCCUGUGAGAGGAGUUUACACAUUGACAUCUCUCAAGGGUUCAUCCUUCAUAAGCUUAUUGAGCUCUUGGGAAAAUUUUUGGAGGUUCGCAAUAUUAGAUCCCGCUUUAUGCAAGAACAAUUGCUGUCUGAAGUUCUUGAGGCCCUAAUUGUGAUCAGGGGCUUGAUUGUACAGAAGACAAAGCUGAUUUGUGAUUGUAAUCGUCUUCUAAAAGAUCUUCUGGACAGUCUCUUGCUCGAGAGUGAUGAAAAUAAACAUCAGUUUAUCCAGGCAUGCAUCUGUGGUCUACAAAUUCAUGGGGAGGAAAGAAAAGGACGAGCUUCAUUGUUCAUCUUGGAGCAGCUUUGUAAUCUCAUUUGCCCCUCCAAACCAGAGGCCGUUUAUCUUCUUAUUUUGAACAAGGCUCACACUCAGGAAGAAUUUAUCAGGGGAUCAAUGACAAAAAAUCCUUAUUCAAGUGCUGAGAUUGGUCCACUGAUGCGGGAUGUUAAAAAUAAAAUCUGCCAUCAAUUGGAUCUUUUGGGUCUUCUUGAAGAUGACUAUGGCAUGGAGCUGCUAGUAGCUGGAAACAUCAUCUCUCUUGAUUUAAGUAUUUCUCAGGUUUAUGAGCAAGUCUGGAAAAAGUCUAAUAAUCAGUCUUCUAAUGCAUUAGCUGGCACGACAAUGCUUUCCUCUGGUGGCACUGCAUCAAGCAGGGAUUGUCCUCCAAUGACAGUGACUUACCGACUUCAGGGGUUGGAUGGUGAAGCUACCGAGCCUAUGAUCAAGGAAUUGGAUGAGGAUCGAGAAGAAUCUCAAGAUCCGGAGGUUGAGUUUGCAAUAGCAGGAGCUGUCCGCAAAUGCGGUGGGCUGGAAAUUCUUUUGGGGAUGGUUCAGCGUUUGCGAGAUGAUUUGAAGUCUAACCAAGAGCAGCUAAUUGCCGUGCUUGAUCUGCUUAUGCUAUGUUGCAAGAAAAGAGAAAACAGAAGAGCGUUACUAAAGCUGGGAGCUUUAAGUCUACUCCUUGAAACAGCAAGGCGUGCUUUCUUUGUGGAUGCAAUGGAGCCUGCUGAGGGUAUUCUACUUAUUGUGGAGAGUCUGACGUUGGAGGCAAAUGAGAGCGAAAAUAUUAGUAUUGCACCUGGUGUUGCAGCUGUGUCUAGUGAAGAAACUGGUGCAAGUGAACAAGCCAAAAAAAUAGUACUGAUGUUCCUCGAAAGGUUGUCUCAUCCAACGGGUCUUAAGAAAUCAAGCAAACAACAGAGGAACACAGAAAUGGUUGCUAGAAUUUUGCCUUAUUUGACAUAUGGAGAGCCUGCAGCAAUGGAAGCUCUCAUUGACCAUUUUGAUCCUUACUUGCGCAACUGGAGUCAAUUUGACAGGCUGCAGAGACAGUACGAAGACAACCCAAGGGAUGAGAGCAUUGCCCAACAAGCAAACAAACAGAAGUUUGCUUUGGAGAAUUUUGUUAGGGUUUCGGAGUCUCUUAAGACAAGUUCCUGUGGAGAGAGGUUGAAGGACAUUAUAUUAGAAAAAGGGAUUACUGGAGCUGCGGUCAGACAUCUAAAGGAUACUUUUGCUUAUACAGGCCAGGCUGGCUUCAAAUCUAGUAAAGAAUGGGUAUUCGGUUUGAAACUGCCGUCUGUUCCAGUUAUACUAUCCAUGCUAAGGGGCUUGUCACUGGGGCAUUUGGCCACUCAAAUGUGCAUAUAUGAAGGUGGUAUUUUACCUCUGCUUCACACUUUGGAAGGUGUCGCUGGUGAAAAUGAGAUUGGAGCUAGGGCUGAAAACUUGCUGGACACACUCUCGGAUAAAGAUGGAAUGGGCGAUGGCUUUCUAAGCGAGAAGGUUUGCCAUUUAAGGCAUGCCACGAGAGAUGAGAUGAGGCGUCGAGCUCUAAGGAAGAGAGAGGAGUUACUUAAGGGAUUGGGGAUGCGACAGGAGGUCUCUUCUGAUGGUGGUGAGCGUAUUGUGGUUUCUCAGCCUGUUCUUGAAGGUUUUGAAGACGUUGAAGAAGAGGAAGACGGGCUGGCUUGCAUGGUUUGCCGAGAGGGUUACCGGUUGAGACCCACUGACCUGCUUGGGGUGUAUACUUACAGCAAGCGGGUGAAUCUUGGUGUUGGAACUUCAGGAAAUGCUCGUGGAGAUUGUGUUUAUACAACUGUCAGUCAUUUCAACAUCAUACACUUUCAAUGCCAUCAGGAAGCUAAAAGGGCUGAUGCAGCCCUCAAGAAUCCAAAGAAGGAAUGGGAUGGAGCUGCCCUCAGAAACAAUGAGACUCUGUGUAAUAAUUUAUUCCCCUUGAGAGGUCCAUCAGUUCCAAUGUCGCAAUACACGCGUUACGUUGACCAGUAUUGGGAUUACCUUAAUGCUCUUGGGCGUGCUGAUGGAAGUCGUCUCCGUUUGUUGACUUAUGACAUUGUUCUGAUGCUGGCACGUUUUGCAACCGGUGCAUCAUUUAGUGCAGAUAGUAGAGGUGGGGGAAAGGAAAGUAACUCCCUCUUCUUACCUUUCAUGAUUCAAAUGGCUCGUCAUUUUCUUGAUCAUGACUCCUCUCAGCGCCAGGCAAUGGAAAAAUCUAUUUCCAGUUACUUGGCUUCGUCUUCACUUGAAUUGAAAUCAUCCAGUCCUGGCACACAACCAUCAGCUGGAACGGAGGAAACUGUCCAAUUUAUGAUGGUGAGUUCACUUCUAUCAGAGUCUUACGAGUCAUGGUUGGAACAUCGCCGUACCUUCUUGCAGCGUGGGAUAUACCAUGCCUACAUGCAGCGAAUUCAUGGCAGGCCAAUGAACCGCUCAUCACCCAGUCUGACGAGUUCUUUGAGACCUGAUUUGGGUAGUACUAGUGACAUCCAUUCAGGAGAUACUGGUGGACCUGACGACUUAUUGUCAAUCAUUCAACCAAUGCUCGUUUACGCUGGUUUGAUUGAGCAACUGCAGCAUUUUUUCAAGGUAAAGAAAUCUGCUACUGCGGGUACAGCUAAAACACAAAUUUCUUCAAAGGCAGUGGAACCGGAAGAAGAAAGUAAAAGGUUGGAAAUGUGGGAGGUGCUCAUGAAAGAGAAGCUCUUAAAUGUAAAAGAAAUGGUCGGCUUCUCCAAGGAGCUGUUGUCUUGGCUUGAUGACAUGAUGUCUGCUACGGAUUUGCUGGAAGCUUUUGAUAUAAUUGGCAGCUUAGCGGAUGUGCUUAGUGGUGGGUUUACCCGACCUGAAGAGUUUGUUUAUGCUGCAAUAGGGAGGAGCUGAUGUACAGGUGCAUGUUUAGGAGAGAUUUUUUUAAAAUUAAUCCCUUUUGGGAGGGGGAAGCUAUUUUGCAUUCUGCCCCAUUAUGUUUAAUUAUUGUGUGGAAGCUACUAGUUUUUUUUUUUUUUUUGGUGAGUAUAAGGAGUUAACCUGUUCAGCCAAAUUUUAAGGCCAAAACUGAAAUUUUGUGAGGCAAAAUUUGUAGAGAAUUGCUUGUUAUUAUAUUCCCUGUACACGAAAAGGAACGUCACAGAGAAAGAGAUGACAUCCAAUUUUGAAAUGCGUUGCCACAGCUGUUAGAUGUC